AUGAAACUCCAUAAUUUGCUAGAGAUGCAAUUACGGGUAGCAAAGACGGCAGUAACUCGUGCCUCUGCAGACGAUGCUACGCGACUGCGCAAAUUUUUAGAGAAAGGUUGUGGCAAGACUAUAGUGCUGACAGGUGCAGGGAUUUCUACAGACUCAGGCAUACCUGACUAUCGAGGUCCGAACGGCGUAUACAAUCGCAAUAAGGACUUCCGGCCUAUUCAGUUUCAGGAGUUUAUUGGAGCUCACGCGUAUCGUCAACGCUACUGGGCGCGCAGCUUUCUCGGUUGGCCAAAGAUUCGAAAUACGCAGCCAAAUGGUUCACACUAUGCACUUACAGAAUUGCAACGGAUUGGCAUGGUCCCCAGUAUUCUUACACAGAAUGUAGACCGCCUUCACACAAAGAGUGGUUCGCAUAGCGUUGUAGAAAUGCAUGGUUCAUUGUAUGAGGUAGAAUGCCAGGGCUGCGGUCAGGUGACGUCUCGUCAGAGUUUCCAAAUGGCACUGACAGAAUUGAAUCCAGAGAUCGCAAGAUGGCGACAAGGACAUCGAGACGAAGACAUUGGCGAUGUCGCAUCUAGUGAUUCAGUCAAUCCGGAUGGUGAUGUCGAUAUUUCGUGGAACUACGAUGACUUUGUCUAUCCCGAGUGCAGCAAUUGUGGCGGUAUCAUGAAACCCAGCGUUGUUUUCUUUGGUGAAAAUAUGCCAGUGGCGACACGAGCGGAUGCUAUGGAACGUGUAAGUGAUGCCAAUGCAUUGCUAGUGGUGGGCUCGUCGCUCAGAGUUCUGUCAGCCAUGCGUCUCAUUAAUCAUGCGCACACUCGAAAGAUCCCAAUCGCAAUCGUAAAUUUAGGUCCCACACGUGCAGAUGAGCUGUGCAGCUUGCGUAUUGAUAAGCCAUGCAUGACCAUGCUUGCAGAAGUUGCAGAUUUAUACUAG